AUGCCUAGUUCUGCAGAGAAAGCAGAAAACCCCAUGGUAUCAGAGAAUCCCAGAAAACGCCGUAAUAGCACAGUUCGAGCUGUAAAAGAGACAGUGGCAUCGACUCGCCCAAAGCGCGUAGCAACGUCUUUAAAGGCAGCCAUUGCAAAUGAUGCUGUCGCUGCUGCUAAAAAGCGUCCAAAGAGCACAAGACUAAAGCUUGAUGCAAUCAAAGCGAGUCGAGCUGACGAAAGCUCGAAGGAAGCCUCUGAAUCUGUUCCUAGAGAUAAGAAAGGUCGACCUGGCAAAAAGUCAAAUAUCAGAGCUACCGUGGACGAAGCGGAGGCUAUGAUUACAGCUACCACGGAUGCAGAGCCCAAGGGUUCUAGCAAUGCGAAUGAAUCUAAGGGUGAUAGAUCAUAUUGGCUUAUGAAAGCCGAGCCAGAGACAAGACUUGAAAAGGGUGUAGACGUCAAGUUUUCGAUUGAUGACUUGCGGGCUGCUACUGAACCGGAAGGAUGGGAUGGUGUCAGGAAUGCAGCCGCAAGAAACCAUAUGCGCGCAAUGAAGAAGGGAGACCUCGCCUUUUUCUAUCAUUCCAACUGCAAGGUUCCAGGAAUUGCAGGCACGAUGGAAAUCGUUCGAGAGAGCUCAGUUGACGAAUCCGCCUUUGAUCCUGCCCACCCAUAUUAUGAUCCAAAAUCAAACCGUGAUAACCCAAAGUGGGAUUGGGUCCAUGUUCAGUUUCGAAGCAAGUUCAAAAAUUUGAUAACACUGGCAGAUAUCAAAUCACACGCAAAGCCAGGCUGUGCGCUGGAGAAUCUGCAGAUGGUCAAACAAUCACGCCUGAGCGUUUCACCCGUUACAGCAGAACAGUGGAAGUUUCUUAUGAGUCUGGCAGAGGAGGAACAGCCUGUGAAAGGAUGA